CCGUAAACCCAAAAUCAAAAGCAUUCUCCUUCUCCAAAACAUCACCUGCUACUCUCCAUUGCGAUUACCUGCUACUCUGCAUUGCGAUUUCAACUACGAUUCCAUGAAUAUUGAGAAAAGAAGCAAAGCAAACAACGACAGACCACAAUCGAAGAAGAUGAAUCCAGAAAUAGAAUCUGAUGAAGACUUUGAAGGACCAAUAUCAAGUCUGAUAAAAAUUAAAAAGCAUAGAAAGAGAUUGGUGAUUCAAGAAAGUUCAGAAGAUGAUGAAUUUGUUAAACCACCCCAAAAAAAGAAAAAGCAUGAGAAGAAGGAAGAUAAAAAAAAAUCAAAGAUAGUCACAAAAAAACAUUCAAAGAAGGGGCAACAACCAAAAACAGAACACAGAGAGUUUUUCAAAUACAGCAAUGAAGCAAUACUGCUGCGAUGCCAACCUAACUCAUAUAUGGAUACUGUUAGAAGAUUUUCAAAGAAACAGAUAGAUGAUGUUAGGGAUAUGGGGUUUGGAGCUAUUCUUGAUAUCAACAUCAACCAUAUUUCGACAAGAUUGGCGAAUUGGCUAGUGAGAAACUUUGAUGAAAAGUUGGAUAAGCUAAACGUAGGACACCACCAAAUCAAAAUAACAUCGAACACAGUAUAUGAGGUAUUUGGAUUACCAAAAGGUCCAAAGAAGGUUGAAAUAAUAGCCGAUAAGAGGAAAGUCAAAAAGCAAGACAAAAUUGAAAAAAGUCAAGAACCAGGAAAUGCGGUCCGGGAUACAUUCAUCCGCCAGUGGGGACAAAACGCGAGAAAAUUACAAAGGCAACACUUGCAAAUGAUAGAUGUUUGCUCGGUGUAG